AUGAUCCUAACCAGAUACGCCAGGAUUGCACCUCGUGCCCUCCAAAACACUCUCUCGCAUUUUCCAAGCAGACUGAUAUCAAACCAGUCCUCCAAGGCCUUCGUGUUUGACAUUGAUGGUGUGCUUCUUCGUGGUAAUAAGCCAAUCCCUCAGGCGCACCAAGCACUCACCUUACUAAACCAGGAAAAAGUACCGUUUAUUCUCCUUACCAAUGGCGGCGGGGUUUCUGAGGAGGCACGUGUGGAGUUUCUUUCCGACAAGCUCAACAUUGACAUUUCGCCUUUGCAGAUAGUGCAGAGCCACACACCCAUGAGGGCAUGGGCUCAGAGUGGGAAAUUCAGCCGGGUUAUGGUGGUGGGAGGCGCGCAGGAUAAGGCUCGCCAAGCAGCACUUAACUAUGGCUUCAAAGACGUGGUGGUGCCUAUGGACAUUGUGCGCCAGGAUCCGUCGGUGGCGCCUCACCACCAGUACACAGACGAUGCAUUGGCUAAGUACGCUCAGGAUGUCGACUUAUCCAAACCUAUUGACGUGAUCCUCGUGUUCAACGACCCACGCGACAUGGGAUCCGAUAUUCAGAUUGUGUGUGACCUUCUCAACUCGGAGAACGGCGUGGUGGGCACGCUAAGAACGCCGCCUCAGAGUGCCAAAACGCGCCCUGCCAUUCCUAUUGUCUUCAGUAACAACGACUACUUGUGGGCCAAUGACUACAACUUGCCCAGGUUUGGGCAGGGCGCUUUCCGCAUGAUGGUUGAGCGUUUGUACGCGGAAACAAACCGGCUCUCCUAUCCGGAAACACUCGAACUGACGAUUCUAGGCAAGCCAUUCAAGGUACAGUACGACUAUGCCCACUGGGUAUUGAUCGAGUGGAACAAAAUACUCCACGGACACAAGAAGCAUGCUUUCAUGCCGAAACUUCACGAUUCACCUACCGAGCUGCCCUUCAACAAGAUUUUCAUGGUAGGCGAUAAUCCUGAAUCUGACAUCCAUGGCGCCAAUGCCAAUGGCUGGGAAUCUAUCCUCUUACGCACCGGCGUUUAUAAAGAUGCAGACUGGGACCGGACGUCUCACCGGCCAAGCGUGGGCGUAUUUGACAACGUGCUAGAUUCGGUGGUCGAGGUGUUAGAAGUUGAGGCAUAA